GUGUUCAGAGCACCGAGCCACUCCAGAAUGGGCAGGGUGUGUCAGAAUGCAGGAGCCACACCCCUGUCCACCCCAAGCUUUCCGAAGCUUCCAAAGGCCUGCAUCUGCUAGGGGAGCACCACAGCCACAGCAUAGCUACACUGAGCUGCACUGGCCCCGGAGGGGACAAAGGUCAGAGCCCCGUUCCCUUGCCAUCCUCUGAGGAGGAGUACUCCCUGUCCCUUUGUUCAUCUGACCACAUGCUGCCUGCCAGGAAGAGCAAGCUGUUUUUACUAGAGAGCAGCCCAGCCGAAGACCUGAGCUGGCAGGAGAUUCCUGGGGAAGGUGGGGACCUGGGCAGGGGGAGGUGGAGGAGAGAGCCUCCAGGACCAUGGAUGGGACAGGUCUCCAAGCUUGUCAACAAGGACACCCCAGGGAGCUGCAAGGAAACAGAGCCUGUCACUCCCAAGCUUGCAGAGGCCUCAGCCGAGGAUUCACCACAGGCACUCCCACCGAUGCCACCUGACACCAUGGCAUCAGAACCAGUCCCAAAGCCCCCUUCAGGGGAGUCUGCCAAUGAAGACAGGCAUAGUCCACCAGAGUCUCCAGAGCCUGCCAAUGAAGACGGGAAGCCUAGUGUGGCCGGGGCUGACUCCGAUAGCAGUAGUGGAGGGGGCAGUAGCCUGGCCUCACCCCUGGGCUCACAGAUCCUAGGUGAGGUAAACAAUUUCCCCUGGGACCUUCAGAGUCCCCAGGGGUCUGUUCCUGUCAUGGGCCAGUCAGGCCCAGGGCCUAGAGAUGCACAUUUCUGCCCCUUCCUGGUGCCACAGUUGUCCCACAUGCAGAGCUCUGCCGAGGAGCAGUCUGAGAGUGAAGACUAUUCUGAGGACCAGAGAUUCUACCAGCACAUCCUGCAGAUGGUCAAGAUCUCCAGGCGGCUAGAGGGCCUGGGGCUGCCUGAGAACAUGCAGGAAAUGCCGUGCAAAGAAGUCGCAGGCAUGGUCUGUUGCAUAGCCGCUGAGUCUUCCAGGAUGUCUAGUGAGGGUGAACCCAAGGCCACCAGCACUCUAGAGAGGGACCCCGGGUUACUGCCUUGGGAACCAGAGCUGCUGCAGCAUCCUCAGGAAGUAGUCUCUGCACCUGCUGGGCAGGAGGCCUCUCAGCAAGCACAGUGCCAGCCAAGCAACGACCUCAGGCAGGGGCUAGUCCAGCCGAGUUCCAACGUUGGGCUUGCUGCAGAGCCUAGCAAGAUGCAACUUCUCAACCAGGUCCUGGGUUCCCCCUUAGCUCCAGUCCAGGCCCCAGUUUGGGGCCUGGCUCCCUUACGAGGCCUUGGGGAUGCCCCACCCUAUGUUCUCCGUGGAUCUCAGAGCGUGAGCCUGGGGAGCUUGGCAGACUCUGGGCAGCUUGGAGAACCCACACUGUCUCCACAGGGUCUCAAGGCUGCUGCUUGUACAAAGGGUCUCUUGGGUUCUGUCCAUGAAGGCAAGAAUGCUCUGAGCCUCUUGACUUUAGGGGAAAAGACCAAUGAGGAGGAUGAAGAGGAAAGUGACAACCAGAGUGUCCGAAGCUCCGGCAAGCUUCUCAAGAACCUGCAUCUGGACCUUGGUGCCCUGGGAGGUAACUUUGAGUACGAGGAGUCUCCAAGAACCAGCCAGCCAGACAAGAAGGAUGCUUCUCUGGACUCAGAUCCUGCUCGGCCCCCCACUCCUGGCAAGCUGUUCAGCCAGGGUGCAGACAAUAGUGUGGACAGUGCCAAUGACAGCAGGUUCCGGGGAAGAGGGGCAGGUCCCUGGAACCCACUGAACGAAAAUGAGAACUGUAAUCUCAAGACUUCUGCAAGUCAAGGGGCUCCUGGGUUGGACCCUGAGGGUGAUCAGGCUGCCAAGGUCUCUAAAAAGGAGCAGGCAGAGGACCUAGUGGAGACAGGAGAGGAGGAUUCCAGGAAGGGAAGUGCAGCCAAAGAACAGAAGGAGGCUUCUGCCCUGGAGGAGACCAUUUCAGAAGCUGCUGGUGAGGAAUCAGAGAUCCUUGAGCGCUUGAAGGACCCACAGCUCUCAGAGUCUGAAGCUUCUGAGCCCAAGUCUUUCCUUGGCCUGGACCUUGGUUUUCACAGCCGGAUGUCCGAGCACCUGCUGGAUGGUGACAUGCUUUCUCCCGCCUUGGGUGGAGCCCGCUGGGAGGCUUUGAGGCCCAGUUCUGGUGCCUGCUUGGAGGAGGAGGAGGAGGAGGAGGCCCAGGGGUCAGGCCACGAAGAGCAAGAUGACAGCGAGCUCAGCAGAGUGGAGCCGCAGAGCAAGCAUUCCCAAGUCUCUGGGAGGGAGCGGCUCCAGAGUACCCUUCACAGCCAAGCUGCUGAGGAAGGGCCUCUGCAGACCCUGGAGGGGCAACCUGAGUGGAAGGAAGCAGAGGAGCCUGGGAAGAACUCUGUAGCCACCCCCACUCCACUGUCCCUCGUCCAGAGGGAGCAGGUUCUGAGCCCACCUGCUUUCCCUGAGAGGGCUGAGGAAAAACACUCCCAGGCCGAGGAGCUGGGCCUUGGGCAGCAAGAGGCCAAGGAGCCCGAGGAGAAGGUGGCAGUCAGUCCCACCUCACCUGUCUCUCCAGAGGCGCAAACUGCAGAGCCUGAAACUCCCCAAAAGCAGUUCUCAGAGGCUAUACUGAAGGCCAUGGAGGAGGCAGUGACCCAGGAACCAGAGGAAGACCAGAGGCUGCUGCUAGACCUGCAGAAAGAGAAGCAGCAGCAGCAGCGGGAAGAGAGGCUGUGGCAAGAGGAGGAGGAGGAGGUGCUCAGGCUCUACCGGCAGAAGGAGAAGUCCCUCAGCCUCCUGAAGGCACAGCUACAGAAAGCUGCCGAGGAGGAGGAGGAGGACGAGGAAGAGGAGGAGGAAGAGGAGGAAGAAGAGGAAGAAGAGGAGGAGGACAAAGAGGAGAUUCAGAUCAGAGAGGAAGAAAGCCAGAGGCUGGCCCACCUCCGGGCCCAGGUGCAGUCCAGUACAGAAGCAUUUGAGAACCAAAUCAGAGCCGAGCAAGCGGCUGCCCUGCAGAGGCUUCGAGAAGAGGCAGAGGCCCUCCAGAAGGCUGAAAGAGCCAGCUUGGAACAGAAAAGCAGGAGGGCGCUGGAGCAGCUGAGGGAGCAGCUGGAGGCUGAGGAGAGGAGUGCCCAGGCGGCCUUGAGAGCGGAGAAGGAGGCAGACAAGGAGGUGGUUCUCCAGCAGCUGAGGGAGCAGCUGGAGGCCGAGGAGAGGAGUGCCCAGGCUGCCUUGAGAGCAGAGAAGGAGGCAGAGAAGGAGGUGGUUCUGCGGCAGCUGAGGGAGCAGCUGGAAGGGGAGAGGAAAGAAGCAGUGGCAGGCCUAGAGAAAGAGCACAGCGCUGAGCUGGAGCGGCUCUGUUCCUCACUGGAGGCCAAGCAUCGAGAGGUGGUCUCCAGCCUCCAGAAGAAGAUAGAGGGAGCUCAGCAGAAAGAAGAGGCCCAGUUACAGGAGAGCCUUGGGUGGGCAGAGCAGAGAGCUCACCAGAAGGUUCAUCAGGUGUUUGAGUAUGAGCAGGAGCUCAGCAGCCUCCUUCGAGACAAGCGCCAGGAGGUAGAGAGGGAACAUGAGAGGAGGAUGGACAAGAUGAAGGAGGAGCACCGGCAAGUGAUGGCUGAAGCCAGAGAGCGAUAUGAAGCUGAGGAGAGAAAACAGCGGGCUGACCUCCUGGGGCACCUGACUGGAGAGCUGGAGCGCCUGCGACGGGCCCACGAGCGAGAGUUAGAGAGCGUGAGGCAGGAGCAGGACCAGCAGCUUGAGGACCUAAGGCGGCGGCACCGGGAUCAAGAGAGGAAAUUACAAGAUUUAGAGGUGGAACUUACAACCAGAACUAAAGAUGUCAAGGCCAGACUGGCUCAGCUGGAUGUCCAGGAAGAGAACAUGCGGAAAGAGAAGCAGCUGCUCCUGGACCUGCAGAGACAGGCAGCUCUGGAGAAGGAGGAAGCCACAGCCACCCGUCAGCACCUGGAAGAAGCAAAGAAGGAGCACACCCACCUGCUGGAGUCAAAGCGGCAGCUGCGAAGGGGCAUUGAUGACCUGCGUGUCCAGCGGGUGGAACUGGAGUCGAAGGUGGAUCUGCUGCAGGCGCAGAGUCAGAGACUGCAGAAGCACGUGAGCAGCCUAGAGGCCGAAGUACAGAGGAAGCAGGACAUCUUGAAAGAGCUGGCAGCUGAGAAUAAUGCUUCCCCAUAUUUGGAGCCAGGUCUUCACAUUGAGGACCUGAGGAGAUCCCUUGGCACAAACGAAACCCAAGAGGUGUCCUCAUCUCUCUCCCAGAGCAAGGAGGAGAUGGACCUGUCCAUGGACAGCAUCCAGCACUUCCUCUCUGCUGAGGGUGUAGCUGUCCGUAGUGCUAAGGAGUUCCUGGUGCGCCAGACACGCUCCAUACGGAGGCGACAGACAGCUCUGAAAGCCUCCCAGCAGCACUGGCGCCAUGAGCUGGCUAGUUCCCAGGAGUUGGACGAAGACCUGUCAGGCACCAAGGUCCUGGAAAAUGUGCGCAAGAACUUGGAGGAGACCAGGCAGCUGGAUGAGAUGAAGUCAGCCAUGCGAAAAGGCCAUGGCCUAUUGAAGAAGAAAGAAGAGAAACUGAACCAACUGGAAUCUUCUCUACAGGAGGAGGUGUCUGACGAGGACACUCUGAAAGGAUCCUCUAUCAAGAAGGUGACCUUUGAUCUCAGUGACUUGGAAGACUUGAGCAGUGAGAGUUCUGAGUCCUGCUCCCUGCCUCACAUCAACCUGACCCCAAGCUCUGCUGACCCCAACAAGAUUCAUUUCCUGAGCAGUUCCCUUCAGCGAAUCAGCAGUGAGCUAAACGGUGUGCUGAAUGUGCUGGGGAGCCUCAACUCCCAGGCACCGCCGCAGGUCCUCAGCAGCCAGCCCCCGCCUCCGCCUCCGCUCCUCACCUCCUCACUUCGGUCCUCCAAGAACGUCCCUGGCCCUGCCUACUCCCCCCUGACCAAGCUCUCCUCCUUAUCUUCUGUUUCACCCGCGUCUACUCAGUGGGCCUGGGACCCAGGACAGGGCGCCAAGCUUUCUUCCUCCUCUUCACAAACUGUGGAUGAUUUCCUGCUGGAGAAGUGGCGCAAGUAUUUUCCUUCUGGCAUCCCACUGAUCAGUGGCUGCGCUCCCCCACUGGAGAACAAGCUGGGCUACGUGUCUGUAAGUGAGCAGCUCCACCUCCUGCAGCGCUCCCAUUCUCAAGUCCCCAAGAUGGACAGUGUCAGCGUUCAGAGCAUGAUCGAGUCCAACAGGAAGUGGCUGGAACAUUUCAAGAAUGACCCCAAGGUACAGCUCUUCUCCUCGGCGCCCAAAUCAACAGCCACCUCGAAUGUACUGCAGCUGGGCCUGGAUGAGAACAACAGACUGAACGUGUUUCACUACUGAGCCCUGGGGUGGGGGGAUGGGCAGAGCCUCCUCCUCUACAGCAAGUGCCUGAGGAGGCACCAGCACUUUAUCUCUCUCUGAUCAAACAUGUCCUCCAUCCAGGACUUGGAGGGACCACGGGGUAGGUAGGUGGAAAGAAACCUCAAGGCUGUAAACAGCCACACGCGCACAACACACACACACACACUUUGACCAUGGGUUGUCCUGAGAAGGAUCAUAUGGACAUCUGUGAGCUUCUGCCUCAAAAUGUCUCCGAGAUGUGACUGCUGAAGAUUUCAGGGGUGUAGCCACCUUCAAUUAAAGCAGCUGCCUGGGGAGAGAGGAGAGCGGGCCCUAGGGAACCUCCUUGGAGGUUGAGGGCGCUCCUUUAUUCACAUAGCCUCCUGCAACUUGGCUGCGCUGGGCCUGUGCCUCUUUCUGAUACCUCAGUCCCAAAAGGACCACAUCCAUCCCUCUUUUUUUCUUUUUAAAUGUCUUCUGUCUCAGGUUUGGGCUCAGCUGCCUGAGACCUGCUGGAUGUUCAGACUCUUUCCCCUCAGCACUGUGCUUUCCUCAGGAGCACAUCCUUCCCUCUAGAGAGCAUCCUUCCCUCCCCUAGGAUGCUCUCUAGAACUCUCCCUUGCCCUCAGGUCUCAAGCACCUAUCUCUCCAGGAAGCCAAAAAGCCAUAAAAAAACAAAAAACAAAAAACGAUGGGGAUGGUUCUGCUCCAUCUUGAUAUUUCUCUUCUUUAACUUCCCAAGUAUAUCUGUGAGCCCCGUUUCCAUCUGUCCUACCUGGGCCACCCCUGGCCCAGUCCAGAGUUUGGCGGUUGGGGCUGGCUAACGCCCGGCAUCGGCGGGGGCCAUCUUGGGCCAGGUGCUUCUGGCUCAAGCCCCAGAAGCCCCGAUUCUCAGCGGGCUCUGCAGGAGCCAAAGGUGAUAUUCUCGGCAUCUGUCUCCUUGUUUGAACAAAACACCCUCAUUUUUCUUGUCUUGAGAAGCUGUGGGCUGCCUUUCCCCCUGCAACCCGCAGGGUCUCACCGCUUCAUUGCUUAUUUCUUCGCCGUGGAAUAAGCCACUUAACAACCAGUUGGCUUUUCACCCUCUCCGUUAUUUUUUUAGUCAUCAGCCAACCACACACAGAAAAAGUCCAUUUUCUUAUUUGUUCCACUCUGUGUGCCUUGAGAACAGCUCAUGUGAUACGACCAACUCUGGUGACAAUCUUGUGUUGUUUUCUUUGUUUUAAUUUUGCAUCUAUUAAAUCUCUGCAAGUCCGUUUUCUA